GGUCAUUGCAGCAAUGGGUUAGCGAUAUUUGGUAUAAGACAUCGGAAGUUUCAGGAUAUGAGGCAUCAAAUCUCAAAGGUGUGAAUGACGGAGCAGUCUGGCAGCCGGAGCUGCCUCUAAAUCUGCAAUAUGUUGAGGUUAUGUUCGACAAGAAAGUGCAUGUGACAAGAGUUGACAUCUACGAAAGGUCCGGUGCAGGAAGCGAGAAGGCAAUUCAUUGCAAAGUUGGCGAAAACUGGAUAAGUCUUUGGAGUAAAACACCAGUCAGCUCUUCUAGUGAUGCGCAAAUAUUUUCUCCAAAGCUGACCGCUUCAUGCUUUUCGAACCACAUUAUGGUCGAAUUUCUAUUACUUCAACAUGACUUGAAAGUCGACGCUAUUUCAGUGCAUGCAGACAAAUCGCCUAUAUCAAUCCAAUUGGGAAUGACGCAAGACCAAUACCAAGCACAUGGAAUUAUGAACAGAAAUAGCCUAGCCACAUGGAGACCCGCUGAGAAGGGGCCGUACAGAUAUAUACGGAUUCAGGGAAGCCUACAACAAGAACCCCUGAAAAUCUGCAAUCUCCAAAUAAAGGGAUACCUUCCCUCAAGGAAACCACUCUUCAAGUCUGUCAAGUUCAUUACAAUGACGAUUCCUCGGCUCGGUACAGUCUCUAAUAUUCAAAGCGUCAUCGCAUGCGCCACCACCUGUACUAGUCAGACCGCACCGCCAUGCGUUACCGCCCAGUUUGAUCCGGAAUGGCACAGCUGCGCUAUGUUCGGAGGAUUUGAACACCGAAAAGACAACGACAACAGAAAUGAGACGAUGGUGUUUAAAUUUGCAGCUCAUUUGUUUAAAAACUAAAAUAUGAUUGUUAAAUCUUAAUUUAAGAAUGUCCUAUGAAGAAUAUACAACUUUUGAAAUGUUUUAUCUUAAGCAGUAUCAUGAAGAAAAGCAACAUUGUUAUCCUCCCCGCAAUUCGAAUAGCUGAUUUUAGAGCACUUAUGUAAUUUCUGGAAAACAAUACGCCUUCUGUCACUGUAUGUGUAUGUAUUGUAGAGGUUAUUAUGGAGCGAAACUUAACGCACAUGCAUAAGCAAGGUUCCCGUAGACGCAAACGGUUUUCUCUGAGUAUAUUUUAAUCAUUGACAGAAUAAGUUAUUUGUUUGAUACAUAUUAUUCAGCUUUCUUCUUUCGACCAAUAAGAGACAGGAACAAGUGACGGAUAUAUCUCACACACUUGAAAUAAGUCAUUGGUAAAUACAACCCGAGAUUUCCUUCUGCGAAAAUAGCCGAUCGUAGACUAAAUAAAUCAGUUUUAUGUUUAUUAGAUUUGUUUACUAUUUUAGAUGAAUUCAAUGUUCUUGUAAUAUAUUAUAAGUUCUAUCACUAAUACAAGUGCAUUAUUUUCCUCCUUGUUCUUCGUGUUUUUCUUGUUUUUCCACGCCCAUAUCUUAUUCUUAUUUUUCUUCCUCUCUUUGUUUUAUAUGUUGUAAAAGUAGCUGUUGUCUGUGGUGAUGGUGAUAGUGAUGGUGUUGGUGUUGUUGAUUUUCUUUUUGUUGAUAUUUGUGUAAAUACUAUGGUUGUGGUAGUGAUGGUAUUGAUAGAAUGUUGAGAGUGGAACUGAUUGUGGUGAGUGUGCUGUUGAUGGUGGUGAAGGUUGUUGUGAUGGUGGUAGUGGUAGUGAUGAUGAUGGUGGUGAUGGUAAUAGUGAUUGUGGUGGUGGUUGUGGUGGUGGUGGUGGUAUUAGUGAUGGGGGUAGUAACUGCGGUAUUUGUGGUGAUGGUUGUAGUAGUGAUGGUGGUAAUGAUGGUGGUGUUGGAGAUGGUGUCGGUGCUUUUGAUGGUGGUGGUGACAGUAUUGGUGGUGGUGAUGGUGGUGAUGGUAAUGAUGGUGGAGGUGACGGUAGUGGUAAAGGUUAUGAAAGAAUGUGUAGUAGUAUAAGAAGUAGGUGUUUUCAUUUGUAUUGUUGCUGUUGUUGUUUUUCUUUGUUUUUGUUAUAGUGUUGUUAUUGAUUAUGUUGUCGUUGUCCCUUUUGCUUCAUGUAUGUGUUGUUCCGUGUGUGGUGGUGUUUGUAUUUGUUGAUGCCGGUGGUGGUGGUGAUAUUGGUGGUGUUUGUGCUGUUUUAUGUUGUUGUUUUAAAUUGUAUUAAUACGAUAAUUCUAGUCAUGGUGAUGGUGUUGAUGAUUGUGGUGAUGAUGGUGGUAAUGGAGGUAGUAAUGGUGUGGUUGAUGGUGCUAGUGAUAGCGGUAGUGAGGGUUGCAAUACUGGUAGUUGUUGUAGUGAUAGUGAUUUUGAUGGUGUAGAUGGUGGUGAUGGUGGUAGUGGUUAUGGUCGUGGUGGUAGUUGUUGUGAAGGGGGUAGUGACGGUGGUUGUAACGGUGGUGGCAAAGGGUGUUAGUGAUGGUGGAGGUGGUGGUAUUUUUUGUGGUGGUGUUGGUGAUGGUAGAAGUAAAGGAAACAGUAAAAGAAUAAAAAGUAGGUGGUGUUGUGUUUAUUGUUGUUGUUGUAAUUUUUCUUGUGUGUUGUAGCUAAUGUUGUCGUUGUAUUGUUGUUUUUUUAUUGUGUUGUCGUUCAUUUUGCUUAUUUUGUGUUGGUCUUUUUGUUGUUGGUGUUUGUAUUUAUGUAAAUGUUGUUGUUAAUCGUGUGUAUGUUCAUAGUUAUGCGACGCGUUUUCAAAUUUUGUUAGAGUCAUAGCUUUUGUUCUCGAGGUUAUAGUUCGUCUAAAUAGUUUUCGUUUUCGUUAAAGUGGAGAACAACUUAUAAUGUGUGUUGGUUUUUUUUAAAUAAAGUAGUACAAUAGUAUUUUCAAAUUAAAGAAUACAUAAUCCCCUUUGUUUCUCUAAUAUGAUAUGCUUAAUAACAGUUAAACAUUGCUGAUCAAAAUGAAGUUAGCAAUACCUCUAUUGCAUAACUUAUCACAAUACUUUGUUUCUUGCAUUUAUUGAUUUCAUCGUACGUUUUAGCUCGUAUGGUAAACCACACCUGUAGUCUGAAUUUGAUGCUCGUUAGCAGCCAGUCCAGCCUGUUCAAUGCAUAAUUAAUUGUAUGUUUCAAUUGAGAUUUACGUUUUUUUUUUCGGAUUAGUUUUGUACAAAAACACUGUAGCACAUAUUUUUUAUACAAUAUGUACGGAUCGUUCGUGAUCCACGUACACACAUUUUAACUAACCAUUAACACAAACAUUACUGUAAAAUCAUUUAUAUUCAUUAGAAUGAAAUGUCGUUUUUUUUAAAUGACAUUUUCGUGGACACGUUUAAUCGUGAUAUUUUAUUUUUGAAAAAAGAAGAAAUUUGAAUCGUUUGUUUUCCAAAUUAUUUGUGUUUAUUCAUUGAUCGGGCAAUCCACAAAAUCAACAACAUAAAUGUCCUACGAAUAAUACUGAUUUUACACUAACGGUAAUGUGUGUACAGAUGUCAAGUUAUUGGAGAUGAGACUAUUUUAAUUAAAAAAUAUACGUAGACGUGUAAAUGAAUGUUGUCAAUGUGCUU